AUGGUUGCAGCAGCAGCAGCUGUAGCAGCAGAGUUAUCAAUAGCAGCAAAGCCUUGCAGCAGCAACAUUAGAAGACAGGAACUCGUGCAGCAGCAGCAGCAGCAGCGCGAGGCGCAGCAGCAGCGCAGCAGAGCGUUACCUUCGUGUUCCAAGAAGCGGCAACGGCAGCAGCAGCAAGCGCAACAGCAGCAGCAGCAGAUGCUGCGGCCAAUUUUUUUGAUUCAGGCUGCAGCAGCUUUUGCUGCUGCAGCUGCUGCUGCUGCUGUUGCUGCGGCUGCUUUGACUGCUGGUACAGUGGACAGUGUCGCUGCUAUCAGCGGUUUCUUGUGCAGCGCAACAGCAGCAGCAGCACUGCAGCAGCAGCAGCACUGCAGUAGGAGCUCCCUGACAGCUGGACAGCAACCAGCAGCAGAGAUGUGCUGCUGCUUCGAAGUUGCUGCUGCUCCUCCUCUUUUUGUUAACGUUUUUUUGUUAACUGAAUUCUCCCCGCAUUUGCCUUCAAGCUAG